GGAAAAAAGGGCCGUGAAUCUACGAGAGGACCCAGACCCAGUCUCAAACGACAUGUCUCAAGAAAGGGCCGUGAAUCUACGAGAGGACCCAGACCCAGACCUCAAACAUGUCUCAAGAUGCGGCCCAACACCUCUGGUUUCCCUCGGGUUCUGCCACGUCAGCGCUGACGGUCCAAGUGACAGCAAAAGAGCUCGUAUGAUGAUGAUCGUGUCAUUUUCUUUGUCGCCACCAGACAGCCGGCGUGCUCCCUCGCCUUCUCCGUCCUCCUCCCCGGCUCCCCGCAGGCCACAAUAAAAAAGGAGGGAGACCCCCGGCCUCGACCUCCCGGUCUCGCCGGGGCAGCACCGCGUACCGUCACAAUACAUGGCAGGCGUCAAGAGCGACGGCAGCGACAGCGGCCUGGUGCUGCUGGACGUGUUCGGCAGCCCGUUCGCGCAGCGCGUGAGCAUCGCGCUGGCGGAGAAGGGCCUGGCCUACGAGCGCGCCGAGCAGGACCUCACCGCCAAGAGCGACCUCCUCCGCCGCUCCAACCCCGUGCACGGUAAGGUCCCCGUGCUCCUCCACGACGGCCGCCCCGUCUGCGAGUCCCUCGCCAUCCUCCAGUACCUCGACGAGGCCUUCCCGGGGACGCCGCCGCUCCUCCCGCCGGUGUCCGACCCCUACGCGCGCGCGGGGGCGCGGUUCUGGGGGGAGUACGCGGACCGGCUCCACUUCUGCGGGAAGCGCCUGUGGCUGUCAGCGCCUGGUGGCGACGGCGGGGAGGCGGAGCCCGGGGCGCGGGCAGAGAUGGCGACCGUGCUGCGCGCUCUGGAGGCCGAGCUCGGGGAGGGGGACUUCUUCGGUGGGGCGGCGUUCGGGUACGUGGACGUCGCGGCGGCGCCGUUCGCGGCGUGGUUCCUCACGUACGAGCGCCACGGCGGGCCCAGCGUGGCGGAGGAGUGCCCGGCGCUGGCGGCGUGGGCGGCGCGGUGCUCGCGCCGGGAGAGCGUCGCCGCCAACGUGUACCCGCCGGAGAAGGUGCACGAGCUCGUCCAGGAGUACAGGCGGUGGAUGCUCGGCCGAAAAUGAGUUGACCGCGGUCUGACUGGUCUGACUGGAUGGCCAUUCGCCUGUUUCUUUCUUUCUUUCUUUCUUUCUUUGGGACAGUUUGUGUUCGACCGUUUGGAGAGUUUGGUCAACUGAAUAAAGUGGCGUGCAUUCUGAAUUUCA